AUGGCUUGUCUCCUCUUGCCCAGCUCGAGGAUGAAGCGGCUGGCAAAAUACGCCAACAUCCUAAUUGGAGCGAAUAUUGCCAUUGUUGAGCUCGCGUUAGCACAGGACCUGCGACUCUGUGAUUCCAUCGGCGACCGUUUACUCUCCGUGACUGAGACUCUGGACAACCAUGCGAUGCGCACGAAAGCACCACUCCCGCAAAUCUUGGACGCAGCAUUGUCACCGCACUUCCAGGUCGUACCGACUCGUACGACGGCAGCCGCUUCGUCUUCAACCACCGAUGAGGAUGCAGGCGAGCAAGGAAAGAUUAAUUUACUCGCCAUGAUCGGUCAGGUAGAGGUGGAAUGGCUUGAAGCGCCGUCGACUGGUUCUACGGUAAUGCUCGGAUCGGUGGACAUGCCCAUCAUAGUCGUGGCCAUCAUGGUAGCCUUACUGGAACGCCUAGUCGCUUCGUUGGAUGGAAUAGGAACGACCACCAAUCCAGCGCCAACAAGCUCGUUGAUCAGUGCUGGCCGGAAUGUACUUCUGGAAAGCGGCUCGUGUCGUCCAUCGAUUCGACCCGCGAAUCGGGCUGCGACGAGCCCCCUAGACUUCGGUUGUGUUAUCGUAUUGGCCGCACCGGAAUGGGCAUACACCCGCUCCUUCACGCGGCAAGUCGGGCAUAAAAGACAGCGAAUCACUCUCUCCACCCAGACCACAGCAAUCAAUCAAUGCGAUGCAGAAACAAACCACCAAUGCUGCGAACCUUUCGACCGACCCAAUUCCAAGUGCGGGAACAAAAGGACCAUCGUCUGUUGGGCUGGCAGCAAUUCCGAAUGCGGCCGCGGAUGCGAUGGAAGUUAUAGGGGUGGGAUUACGGUGCAGCUUCCUGGUCUGGGUGAGAUCAAUAAUGUUCAAGAGAAGAUUCCUUCACAGUGA